AGGGACCUCUCUUCACCACAAAUCAUUACAAAUCUUUUAUCAGAUACACAGCGGUCUGACAAAUAUUUACACAACGCGUUUCCGUUCCGAGUUAGAAGUCUAAGAAGAUGUACGUUGGUGCAAAACAGUGCAGGUGAAAUUUGAUAUCCUGGCACUUGGGUUCUGAAGUUGUUACUUAUUUUUGCCGUGUGCAACAUUUCGCAGAAAGUGGGGCACCUUUCGUGUGCUAUAAACUAUAAACUGCAAACAGCACAAAGUGGAAGGAGACUUGUUGCAGGACUUCUCACUGUGCUCCCUACUGCUGAUCAGCCAUUGUGGACGUCGGAAAGGGGCAAGGUCUAGUUUAUUUGCCCGCCGGCUACAGUGUUAGCCGUAUGCAUGAAAGGAACUGCUGUAUGAACACUUGGAUGAGCCAUGAGGCUGCUGGCCCAGGACAAAUCUGACUGCCUGCAACCGGGAAUGGAUUCGUAUCAUCUUAUUUCAUGUUUUUCCGAGGGCUUGUAAACGCACCUCUGCGUAACAUUUGUAGCAUUUUUUUGUAUUUGAUGCGCGAACUCCAAAAAUGAGCAGAUAGCUCACUUGUUGCGGAGGUUUGUGAUUAAAUAUAGGUGGAGGAGAAGAGAAUACGUCCUACAGCACUUUGUUCUUUAUUCCUUCCUAUCGGAGGAAGUUGUUUGGCUGUUUUUUUUGUUUUUUUUGUCACCGCAUCUUCAUCACUCCGCAACAACCACAGACAGCACAUCACGACAAAGAUGGCAUCCGAGCAACCCUGGACUCAGAUCAUGAUCACAUUAUCGGCCGUAUUCUUCCUGAUCCUGUGCAGCACAGCGGCAGAUGUGCCGGAGGACGAAGGCUUCAGUGCUGAGGCAUGGCUUCGUAAGUUCGGCUACCUGUCUCAGGCGAGCAGUCAGAUGUCCACAAUGCAGUCGGCUCAGAUUCUGUCCAAAGCCAUCAGCGACAUGCAGCACUUCUAUGGCCUAGAGGUGACUGGAGAGAUGGACCCUGCUACUGUUGUGGCCAUGCGUCGGCCUCGCUGUGGCCUCCCAGACAGAAAAGCGGAGGAGCUGGACAAUGGCGCGAGGAAGAAACGCUACGCUCUCACUGGACAGCAGUGGCACAAAGACCACAUCACUUACAGUAUAAUGAACCAGCACAUCCCCUCCUCGCUGGGUGAAGAGCGGACGUACGACGCUAUCCGCAACGCCUUUGAUGCGUGGAGACGGGUCACGCCGCUCACCUUUGAAGAGUUACCUGCUGAAAACAGCAUCAGCAUCAACAGCAGCCAGGCAGAGCUCGCUGACAUCCUGUUGUUGUUUGCCUCUGGUUUCCACGGCGAUAUGUCAUUGUUUGAUGGCGAGGGAGGGUCGCUAGCACACGCCUACUACCCCGGACCAGGAAUAGGUGGGGAUACACACUUCGAUGCCGAUGAGCCUUGGACGCUGGACAACCAAAACCCAAACGGUAUAGACCUCUUCCUGGUUGCGGUCCAUGAGCUUGGUCAUGCUUUGGGUCUGGAGCACUCAGAUAACCCCAGCGCCAUAAUGGCUCCUUUCUACCAGUGGAUCCACACGCACAACUUCACGCUACACGAGGAUGACAUCAAAGGAAUACAGUACAUAUACGGUCCCCCUCUCCUUAGUGAUCCUCCACCCACUUCUCCUCCCGCCCAUGACGACAAACCCAACGAUGACUCCCCCACUUCCCCUUCUCCACCCGAAGAUGAACCCGCCUCCACUUCUCCCACCGACACCCCACCCAAAUUGCCCAACCCGACCGACGGCAGCCCACAUCCCCCAGCCCAGCCGGAGCCGAGUCCCAGCCCUACCUCGUCUCCCGUCCUCACCACCGACUCCCAGCCCGAGCCUGUCACCCCGCGCGUCAGAAAAGAUGCCCCCCCUACAUCGCCUCCUCCUCGGCGCCCUGCUCCUCCUCGGCCUCCCAAGCUGCCGGAUAACCAGGCCCCCGAUAUCUGCGACGGGGACUUUGACACGGUGACCAUGCUGAGGGGGGAGAUGUUUGUUUUCAAGGGUCGCUGGUUCUGGCGUGUGCGGAGGAACCGGGUCUUGGAUAACUACCCCAUGCCGAUAUCUGUCUUCUGGAUCGGCCUGCCUAGCAACAUCGACGCAGCCUACGAGCGUCACGAUGGCAAAUUUGUCUUCUUUAAAGAUGAUAGAUACUGGGUGUUCAGGGAGGCUGAUGUGCUGCCGGGAUAUCCACAGCCCUUACAUGGGUAUGGACAAGGAGUUCCUGCACACAAGAUUGACACGGCAAUCUGGUGGGAGCCCAACGGAUACACAUACUUCUUCAGUGGAGACAGAUACUGGCGAUACAAUGAGGAGACCCGGACUACAGACCGCGACUUCCCCAAGCCAAUCAACAGAUGGGGCAGGAUCCCUCACUCACCCAAAGGAGCCUUCCUCAGCGAUGACGGCGCUUACACCUAUUUCUACAAAGGCACCAAUUACUGGAGGUUUGACAACCGCAAGACAGAAGCAGAGAAAGGCUACCCUCGCUCCAUCCUGAAGGAUUUCAUGGGCUGUGUGGGAGCCGCUGACCCUAAGCCCGAUACAGACACUGAGCAGGAACCGAAAGACAAACCAGUCAACCCCUCAGACCGAGGCAAAGAUGAGCACAAAGAGCCGGACAGGGGCCGGGACCAAGACACAGACCCAGAGGAAGACCAAACCUCUCAGCCUGACAGCACAGAGGAGGAGGGGGACAGAGAGGUGGACGUGGUCGUGACGGUGGCCGACAAUGAAUCAAAGGUUAUGACCCUGAUCAUGGUGAUUGUUCCUCUGGUCCUCAUCCUGUGCAUCCUCGUCCUAAUCUACGCCAUCCUCAGGACUCUGCAGAACAAAGAGACGCCGAGGGCCUUGGUGCAUUGCAAACGUUCGUUGCAGGACUGGGUGUGAGGCACAGAAUUAGAAGACAGAGAGCAGGUAUUCAUCAAUUUCGUUUGAGUCAAAAUGUGUACUUACGGCGCAGAAGUUUUGACGCAGUACUAAAGAAAGCCGAGGACGAGUCCCCGUUUUGUGCCCCGUUCAUUGUGAGAACUUUUAUUGCUCAUGUGAAAUAAUGCAAACUGUGGAGCUACAGUGUACGUUUCCCUCUACUGGCCUUGAAGUUUUCCUCCUGUGUCUUCCAAAUGUCUGAAAAGGUAUCUUUAUUUCUUUAAAAAAAAAAAAAAAAGACACAUAACACACUAGGAAUGUCCGUUUCUAUUCAUUCUAAUUGUA